AUGACGACGUCGUUUCUGAUGCUCAGUGCAGAUUUGAGGAAGCCCCUCAUUUUUGGGGUUACAGCUGUUUAUGUCUUGUUUGGGGUUUGCUUAUCAAAUAAGGUUCCUGCAUUUUUUGUGUUUGGAGACUCGCUGGUCGAUCCAGGUAACAACAACUACAUUGUUUCAAUCGCCAAGGCAAACUACGUCCCCAAUGGAAUUGACUUUGGAGGCCCAUCAGGACGUUUCACCAAUGGAAGAACCAUUGCAGAUGUCAUAGGGCAAGAACUGGGACUUAAUUUCACUCCUCCUUACAUGGCUCCCACUACAGCAGCAUCUUCGAUUCUUCAGGGAGUCAAUUAUGCUUCCGCUGGAAGUGGCAUUUUAAAUCUAACUGGACUAAUGUGGGUUGGUCGAAUCAACAUGGAUGCUCAGAUAGCCAACUUCGAAAAGACUCGGCAAGACAUUAUUUCCAUGAUCGGUGUUUCUGCAACACAAGAUCUAUUGAAAAAAGCCAUCUUUAUGACAUGUUUGGGAUCAAAUGAUUUCCUCAGCAACUAUAUAGCACCCAUAAUAACCAGUACUGCUGAGAGGGAGCUGAUAUCUCCGGAAGCGUUUGUGGCCUCCAUGACAUCAACCUUCAGACAACAGCUCACUCGACUGUACAAUCUGGGAGCCAGAAAAUUUAUGGUGGCAAACGUGGGGCCUAUUGGGUGCAUACCAAGUCAGAGAGAUUUAAACCCAAGUGCUGGAGAAGAGUGCGUGAGUUUCCCAGAUAAGCUGGCUCAGUCAUUUAACGUUGAACUGAAGAAGCUCGUUGUGGAACUGAAUAAGAAGUUGAAAGGAUCAAUAUAUGUUCAUGCAGAUGCUUACCACAUCGCACAAGACAUUCUGCAGAACUACAAGGCAUAUGGCUUUGAGAAUUUCAAGUCGUCAUGCUGUCACAUGGCUGGAAGAUUUGGGGGGCUGGUACCUUGCUUUCCAGAAUCAACAGUUUGCGAGGAUCGUUCCAAGUAUGUGUUUUGGGACCCUUUCCAUCCUUCUGAGGCAGCUAAUUUGGUUAUAGCAAAACGUCUCUUUGAUGGUGACGCUAACGACGUGUGGCCCAUGAAUGUUCGCAAACUCUCUCAAGUUUAG